AUGCGGCGGUACGAGACGUUGGUGCGGCAGCUAUACCAGGUCAACCUGUUUCAUCCCGUCAAGAUGGGCCUGACCAACAUCACGAGGCUGCACGAGGCUCUCGGCAACCCCGCCGACGGGCUGCCCGCAGUGCACAUCGCGGGUACCAACGGAAAGGGGUCCGUGGCGUUCAAGAUGGCGCGCUCUCUCCAGCUCGGGGGGCUCAAGACGGGGCUGUUUGUGUCCCCCCACAUGUCGUGCUUCCGAGAGAGGGUGCAGGUGGAUGGGGCGUAUAUCCCGGAAUCGAGCAUCGAAGACAUCUUGCCCAGGAUUUUCGAUUUGUGCGAAUCCGAGGACAUUCCGGCUACAUUCUUCGAGGUGACGACCGCGCUAGCCUUCCAACACUUCCGGGAAUCCGGGGUCGAUGCGAUCGUGGUGGAGACCGGUCUAGGGGGACGGUUGGACGCGACGAACAUAUUGAAGCCGGCUCUGACCGUCGUCACUUCCGUCGGGCUUGACCACACCAGGAUCUUGGGAGACACUGUGGAGCAAAUCGCCCUCGAGAAGGCCGGGAUUUUCAAGCCGGGCGUCCCCGCUCUCGUCGGCGACGGCUGUCCUGUCGACAUCAUGAGGGGCGUGGCCGAGAGCGGAGGAUGCCCGUUCCACCGCUGGGCAGACGUCUUCCCCGAAGGAACUAACGCCGGGGAUGACGAAGAUUAUGACGAGGAGAACACCCGCCUGGCCGAGGCCGGCCUGGUACUGCUGGGCCGUUCCCACCCGGAGUUGUGCGUUAACGAGGACGCCUUGCGCCGCGGCGUGACGCAACGACCACCGUGCCGCUUCGAGGUGCUCCAGGUAGACGCCCCCGCGGCGGCGGCGGCGGCGGAGGCGGCGGCCACCGGAAAAAAAGUCGAAUCUUCGCAUAGCGGGGGAGAAGCCGGUGCCGGCGGGGGGGGGAGCGGAGGCGGAGGCGUUGUCACGGUGGUGCUGGAUGUUGCACACAACCCUCCGGCGAUCGUUCGGUUUUUCCAGAAGGCUGCGACUCGUCGAGCGACGUCGGUGGACGUCUUAGCCUCGCGCCUUUCCGAGCUGUCCGGAGGGAGGUUCGACUCGUCGUCGAGCAGGGUGAGGAGGGGAGACGAGAGCGUGCGGCAAGCUUUAAGAGAUGCCAUCGCAGAGGCAUCGUUGUCUGGAGACGGAGGAGAAGGGUCGGAGAGAGACGUGGUGGUGGUCUGCGGUACGGUGUUCAUGAUGGUCGACAUCAGGGAGGAGCUCGGCUUCAACGAGCCGAGGGAUAAUCUGGUACGAACCGGCACGGACGGGUGAGGAGGAGCUUUCCGCGACGAGUUAAAUGCGAAUAUCCCACCGUGCCACCCUCUGGCGGAGUCAUUCUGUCCACGGUCUCUGCGAUGCAUGGUGGCAGCCGCUGC